CGCACAAGAGUGAGAUGUAUGGACGUUGGAGAAACAAGUGUGUGUUGGAUUGAUGUCCUCCUGGCCGCCUAAAGGUGACGAUGCCACGUGCGUCCGAUAUAUCUGCGAGCGGUGCAAGAAUGCAGAGCAGACUAAGCACCUGGACGCCCCUGAACCACCCCUUGUCCAACAGCCGGCUUUUCGAGGAGAGACGUUGGCUGCUGACAAAGUGGUUCCGCGGCUGGUCUGAGAGCCAGCGGAGGGCGGUGCUCCACGACAUCCUCGGCAAAUGUUCCAAGGAGCAGCUGGAGUUUGUGGGCUGCUGUGUGAGCAGACAGCUCCCCCUGCAGGCCGCCGACUUCACCUGCAUGCUGCCCAGAACCAUCUGCCUUUACGUCUUCUCCUUCCUGGACCCUCGCAGCCUCUGUCGCUGUGCUCAGGUGAGCUGGCGCUGGAGAAGCCUGGCAGAAAUGGACCAGGUGUGGAUGCCCAAGUGCGUGAGACUGGGCUGGUUCCUCACCUUCUGGCCCUCGCAGUUUGAAGGAGGCGCGUGGAAGAGAAAGUACGUCCAGAAGGUGAAGGACAUGCUGCCGGCUCCAACCAACCAGCACGCCGAGGUUGCAGCGAGCAGCAGGCGGGAAGUGUCAGAUGUUCCUCAGCCAAGCAAGCAGGAAGUGUCAGAUGUUCCUCAGCCAAGCAAGCAGGAAGUGUCAGAUGUUCCUCAGCCAAGCAAGCAGGAAGUGUCAGGUGUUCCUCAGCGAAGUGACGAGCAGGACGCCAGAAGAAGGUUUGGCAGCAGAUUGAAGAAGGAGAAAGUUCCACCUUGGAGAGACGCUGACAGAUGUCCCAAAGACACCAGACGCUUCAACUACCUGGACAACUUGGACACCAUUGGCCCAGCAAAUGGACCGAUCACAGCAGCGCCAACGAAGAGCGGAGCAAACAUUUUCCAGACAAAAACUCAGCAAUCAGACGACAUGACAAGGAAGAUGUUGUCUGACACAAACUACAAACUACGCAAAGUUAAAUCUCUGAUGCUCCUCACUUCAAACUGCGAACAAGACCGUCCUCCUCAGACACGCUGGGCGUCUCCCAGUCCGAGUGUGCCGGUUACCAUGGAGACGGCGGAGAAGUUGCUGAGGUUAAGUCAGUGGAAUGCUGGGAGACGUCCGGGCCCUGCGAGGACGCCGAUACCCAGCAUGAGUGUGGAGGCGCUUAAAGCCUCUCAGCGUUCAAACAGGAGCCUUCCCAGUGCACCGCUGUUUGAAUUCCAGCCUCGGACUUGGUCUGGAACGCUCAAACAACACGCCGACUGACCAACACCGCCCCCUGCAGGGGCACUACGGAAUGACAGCUGCACGUUCAAACCAACCAUCUGAUCCCAGGGGAAAAAGCUGCUGGAAUCAAUACAGUUUUUGGGCUGGAAUAAAAUAGAGCAGUUGUUUUCCACUCAACUACAGCAUGUUAGAAAUGUACCACCUUUAUUACCCAAUAGCACCCUUUCAUCAAACAUCUUGCAUUCUUCACACGGAAACGAAAUAUACAUCUUUGCAUAGUAAAAGCCAUCCCAAAUAUGUUCAUACUAUUGUGUGAGGA